UAAUGACGUGAAUUAUACAGUGCAGAAUAUCCUUAAUAAAGUUGAUCAUAAGAUAGAGGUAGGACAGACUAUAGGUUCCCUGAAGAACAGUACUAGGAGUUGACAUUCCCUUAACAAACAGGUAAAAUGCACUGAAGUAUGUAAGGUGCUACUAAAUAUGGACAAUAGCAGGCAGGAUUAAUCAACUGUAAAAACACAGAUUGGAAAAGAACUGGCUCUGUAGCAAAUCAUUUGUAAAAAAUGAGUGGUAUUGGAGCACUUCAGAGGCCCUGCAUUUGGGGUGAGUUGGGCAUGCUUCUGUGAGGUGUUUUUCUACUGUGGAACAUGUAUUCUGUUAUAACCUGUGCUGUAAUCAGUAGCAUUGCCUUGGGAUAAUGAGGGCAAAACUGAGGUAAACAGGAGUUUAAUAUAAUAAUGUUUUAUGUUCACAGAAAAACAUUUGCUGGUAUGCUCCUCCCUGCCCCCAUGUCUCUUCAGAACUUCUGAUUUAAGCGACUAAUCAUCAUGUCUGACCCUGUUGUUCUGCGUAGUAUCAAGAGAUUGGGAGAGGAUAACUGUGCUUUUGACUUGGAUGGCAAAGGUAACAGCUUCAAGAAAUCAGAGAAUUUCCAUACAUAUGAAGAACCUUUUAAAGAGAAGAAAAGUGAAAAGUCAUCAGAAAAGAAAGAAAACAAUAUUCGUGUUGGCUUCUUUCAGCUGUUUCGAUUUUCCUCAUCUACGGAAAUCUUAAUGAUGGCUGUUGGUAGUUUCUGUGCUAUUGUUCAUGGAGCAGCCCAGCCAGCUGUGUUGCUUGUGUUUGGUGCAAUGGCAGACACAUUUAUUGAAUAUGACAUUGAAAUGCAAGAGCUUAAAGACCCAGGCAAGACGUGUGUAAAUAACACCAUAGUCUGGAUUAAUGGUACUAUUCAUCAGAAUGAAAAGAACACCACAAUAAGAUGUGGGCUGCUGGAUAUCGAACAAGAAAUGACCAAGUUUGCAGGUUACUAUGCAGGAAUUGGUUGUGCCAUACUUGUGUUAGGCUACCUUCAAAUCUGCUUGUGGGUGAUGGCUGCAGCUCGUCAGAUACAGAAAAUCAGGAAAGCUUAUUUCAGGAAAGUAAUGCGAAUGGAUAUAGGCUGGUUUGACUGUACAUCUGUGGGAGAGCUGAACACCCGAAUUUCUGAUGAUGUUAACAAAAUCAAUGAGGCUAUUGCUGACCAAGUAGCAAUCUUUAUCCAGCGCUUAACCACCUUUGUGUGUGGAUUCCUACUGGGAUUUGUCAGUGGCUGGAAACUGACCUUGGUUAUCAUCGCAGUCAGCCCUCUGCUUGGGGUUGGAGCAGCUGUCUAUGGCUUGGCUGUGGCAAGACUAACAGGCCGAGAAUUAAAGGCUUAUGCAAAAGCUGGAGCUGUGGCUGAUGAAGUGCUGUCAUCCAUCAGAACAGUGGCUGCUUUUGGCGGGGAGAAGAGAGAAGUUGAAAGAUACGAUAAGAAUCUGGUGUUUGCUCAGCACUGGGGAAUUCGAAAAGGGAUAAUAAUGGGAUUAUUCACUGGUUACAUGUGGUUUAUAAUUUUUCUGAGUUACUCAUUAGCCUUUUGGUAUGGCUCUAAACUUGUCCUUGAAGAAGAAGAGUAUUCACCUGGCACUCUUCUGCAGGUUUUCUUUGGAGUUUUAGUAGGAGCUUUAAAUCUUGGUCAGGCAUCUCCCUGUCUGGAAGCUUUUGCCACUGGCCGUGGGGCUGCAGUAAACAUUUUUGAAACAAUAGAUAAAGAGCCUGCCAUUGACUGCAUGUCAGAAGAUGGCUACAAGCUGGAUAAAGUACGGGGUGAAAUUGAAUUUCAUAAUGUAACGUUCCAUUAUCCCUCCAGACCAGACGUAAAGAUUUUAGAUAACCUUAAUAUGGUUAUUAAAGCAGGGCAGACGACAGCUUUUGUUGGAGCUAGUGGAGCUGGAAAAAGUACAACAAUACAGCUCAUCCAGCGUUUCUAUGACGCCACUGAUGGCAUGAUUACCCUGGAUGGCCAUGACAUUCGUUCCCUCAAUAUCCAGUGGCUACGCUCACAGAUUGGUAUUGUUGAACAAGAGCCAGUGCUGUUUGCCACCACAAUUGCAGAGAACAUUCGAUACGGUCAGGAUGAUGCUACCAUGGAAGACAUAAUCAAAGCAGCCAAACAGGCCAAUGCUUACAAUUUCAUCAUGGACUUGCCACAGCAAUUUGACACUCAUGUUGGAGAGGGGGGAAGUCAGAUGAGUGGAGGUCAAAAACAGAGGAUAGCUAUUGCUCGAGCUCUUGUGAGAAACCCCAAAAUCCUGCUGCUGGAUAUGGCUACGUCAGCACUUGAUAAUGAAAGUGAAGCUACUGUCCAAGAAGCACUUCAUAAGGCUCGCCUUGGCCGCACAGCCAUCUCCAUAGCUCACCGCCUGUCAGCCAUCAAAGCUGCUGAUGUCAUUGUUGGCUUUGAGCAUGGAAGGGCUGUGGAGAGAGGAACUCAUGAAGAACUCUUGAAGAGGAAAGGGGUUUAUUUCAUGUUGGUGACCUUGCAAAGAGGUGGAGACACAGCAGUUAACAGAGAAACAACAGAAACAGCAGGAAAUAAUGUGGUUGAGCCAAAUCUUGAGAAAGUGCAGUCAUUCAGCAGAGGAAGCUAUCGGGCCAGUUUGCGAGCUUCACUUCGGCAGCGCUCCAGAUCUCAGCUCUCUAAUGUGGUCCCUGACCCUCCAUUAUCCAUUGCAAGAGAUCAUGCAGAGUCUAUGUAUCUUACACCUUCUUAUGGAGAAGAUGAUGGACAAGCAAAAAAGGAAUCUGUUGUGGAGGAAGAUGUCAAGCCUGUGCCAUUUACCAGAAUUUUGAAAUACAAUGCCUCUGAAUGGCCAUACAUGGUACUUGGAUCUCUAGCAGCAGCUGUGAAUGGAGCAGUCAGUCCACUCUAUGCUUUGUUAUUCAGUCAGAUUCUUGGGACCUUCUCCAUUCUUGAUGAAGAAGAACAGAGGACACAGAUCAAUGGUGUCUGCCUGCUCUUUGUCUUUGUUGGAAUUGUUUCCUUUUUCACACAGUUUCUACAGGGUUACACCUUUGCCAAGUCUGGUGAGCUGCUUACAAGACGGCUAAGAAAAAUAGGUUUCCAGUCUAUGCUGGGGCAAGACAUUGGCUGGUUUGACGACCGGAAGAACAGCCCUGGUGCUUUGACUACAAGACUUGCAACAGAUGCCUCACAGGUCCAAGGGGCAACUGGAUCACAGAUAGGAAUGAUUGUCAAUUCCUUCACCAACAUUGGGGUGGCCAUGAUCAUUGCUUUCUUCUUCAGCUGGAAGCUGAGUUUAGUUAUACUGUGUUUCCUCCCAUUUUUGGCCUUAUCUGGAGCUGUGCAGGCAAAAAUGCUGACAGGAUUUGCUGCUCAGGACAAGAAGGCGCUGGAAGCUACUGGACGGAUUUCCAGUGAAGCCCUCUCUAACAUCAGGACUGUAGCUGGGAUAGGCAAAGAGAAAAUGUUUGUCAACAAUUUUGAGAAGCACCUGGCUACGCCCUACCGAGCUGCGGUCAAAAAAGCACAUGUUUACGGACUGUGCUUUGGCUUUGCCCAGAGCAUCGUGUUCAUUGCCAAUGCUGUCUCGUACAGAUAUGGAGGGUUUCUAGUUGACACUGAAGGACUCCAUUACAGCUUUGUGUUCAGGGUGAUCUCUGCUAUUGUGACCAGUGGAACUGCUUUGGGAAGAGCUUCUUCCUACACCCCAAACUAUGCCAAAGCCAAAACAUCUGCUGCACGCCUUUUGCAACUCGUUGAUCGGCUUCCUAAAAUCAGUGUUUACAGUGAAAAAGGGGAAAAAUGGGAUGAUUUCAAGGGAAGCAUUGAAUUUCUUAACUGUAAAUUCACAUACCCUUCUCGGCCUGAUAUUCAGGUCCUGAAAGGACUCUCUGUAGCUGUUAAGCCUGGACAGACAUUGGCAUUUGUUGGAAGUAGUGGCUGUGGUAAAAGCACCUGUGUCCAGCUUCUGGAGCGUUUCUAUGACCCUGAGCAAGGAAGUGUGUUAAUAGAUGGACACAACACCAGGAAAAUAAAUGUACAGUUUCUUCGAUCAAAAAUUGGAAUCGUGUCCCAGGAGCCUGUGCUGUUUGACUGCAGCAUUGCUGAUAAUAUCAAAUAUGGCAGUAACACCAAAGAGGUGACAAUGGAAAAAGUCAUAGAAGCAGCCCAGAAGGCUCAGCUGCAUGACUUUGUCAUGUCACUGCCUAAUAAAUAUGAAACUAAUGUUGGGGCUCAAGGAUCUCAGCUGUCUCGUGGGCAAAAACAACGCAUUGCUAUAGCAAGGGCCAUCAUACGAGAUCCUAAAAUUUUAUUACUGGAUGAAGCUACAUCUGCCUUGGACACAGAAAGUGAAAAGACUGUGCAGGCGGCACUGGAUAAGGCCAGAGAAGGGCGUACCUGCAUCGUCAUUGCCCACCGUCUGUCCACGAUCCAGAAUGCAGACAUCAUCGCUGUGAUGUCACAAGGAACCAUCAUUGAAAAGGGCACUCAUGAUGAACUGAUGGCAAUAGAAGGAGCUUACUACAAGCUUGUUACCACUGGAGCCCCAAUUAGCUGAGCCACUGUGAUUCUAAUUGUGAAAGACUGCUUUUCUGUGUUGGGACCCCACUGUGCUAUAGAAUGCUCUAUAACAUCGUGAGUUCUGUGUACCCUAAAUGUACAUAGCCUUCUGCAUCAAGCACGCUUGUCAGGCACAUCCAGGGGACUAAGCACAGGGUGAUGUAUUCAGGAAGUAGCUUAGCCCACUGCUAAGGGGAAAAAAGCCUGAAAAUGAGCAAGAUCUUUGCUGGGGAAUUGCCACCACCUGCAGUCAGACUGCACAGUCCUGUCUUUCCUCAACUAGCUAUCAGGAACAACUCUGCUCUACUGCUCUGAAAACUGCUAUUUGGCUAGGUAAGCUAUAUGAGUAAGAAAUAAUCCUGAGAAUGCUGCUGUAUAUCUGAAGCGCUCAAAUCUCUCCUGACGUUUGGUCUGCAGAGGAUUACAACAGUCACCCUUACUGUGCUGUGGGUACAGACCCACACCCUUGCACCCCUUCAACUCUUAUCUGUCAGGCUGGGCUUCUGCUGUGUGCCAGGACAGCACUGAUGCACUGGCACCAUGAGCCUGGUCUGGCUGUGCCCCUUCAGAAAAAAUCCUGUACUUACAAAGAAGGCAGCUCCAUACAAGUAACGAAGGCAGUCAAGAGCAGAAGCUGGUGAGGAUCAUUUGCCCUACACUCUCACCACUGAUCAAAACUGUCAAAUAGAUUUUGAAUAGGAAUAAAUGCGUUAGUUAAAUCACUGUAAAAUCCAACAGUUAAUCAUCACAGUUAUUUAAAUCACUUCUAUAGAGAUGGUAAUGGAUAAUAUGUCCUCUUUUUCUUUCAGAAAGAAAGACAAUGAUGAGUAGUUUUACAGAAAUCAUAAGUAUGUUCAGUAAAGGUGGAACAAAUACCCAUAAUUAGGUCUUAAACAGAGCUGAUAAACAGAGGCACAAUUAAUUCAGAAAUGACAAAGGUCAGAAAGGAUCUUCUGGCAGAAGCUUGUCUCUGUAACAGUGUGUUAUAAGGUCUACUGCAUGUUUCUCUGAAAUAUGUUAUUGGUUAUUGUCUGCAGGACACCAGGACUCUUCCCUUUAGUGACAUUUAGGGCCUUGGAGACAAAGCCGAGACAGAAAGCCUAAGUUUCUGUAAAAAUUUAAAUCUUUAAUUUAAAUCUUUGAAUCAUAGAGUAUUAACUGGAAAAGUCAUUCUCCAUGUCCUAAAAGCUGCAGCUGGGGGGGGGUGGGGGGGAAGGGUUCACCCAUUUUAGAACAAAUCCCAGCACAGUUGAGCUCCUUAUAAAUCUACACCACAAUACCAGCUACUGCAAACUUGAAUGGAGCUGUAAGGGUGAACACUUUAUUAAGAUACUUCCCUUAAUUCCAGACAGAAAGAAACAAUUUCAACUUUUGUACAACUCUAUUACUUCAACAGACAAGCUGAACUCACAUAGCUGACACUGAAAUACUGUUUUGCCAACGAAGCCUGUUUUUUUAAUCUUUAACUACAAAUGGAAGAAGCAGCUGAAUUACUUGGCUCAUGGUUUAAUCUUUUUAGCCUUUUUAUGUUUCUUAGCAAUAAUUAGUUGGAUGGCUCAGGACUGAAACUAUUGACAGAGUGACUAUGAAUAACCUAUUGACAUAUCUAUAAGACAUUAAUUUAUAUUAGGCCAUGGAAAAGUAACAACUCUAUAAAAAAUUACAGUGACCAUGUACUUCAUCCAUGAUUCUUUCUUCAUAAAGCACAUCACUUUUGUGGCCCAAAUUAUACCAAUAAAUUGUAUUUUUUUACUGGC